ACGAACGCGACAGCUACUUUAAACAGAUUUAAUUAGGGCAUGUAGUGAAUUCCUUCAUCAAGGAAGGAGCUCUCAUAUUGUGAUACUAUACAAAAUCUGCACGGCGCACAGAUCAAUUGUACAUGUCAUAAUAUUGGCCUAAUCCCUGCGGGUACCGCAGCGAACACCAUUCGGCAUGGCUUCGCAAUACCAGUCGUUGCGAGACCGCCAAGUUGCUUCUAUUGCGAAGAUCCUCAAUCUCAAUCACGCACCUACCACGGACCGACCGCACGAAUCGCACAUUGCCAAUGGCUUAGUACCGCAGCCUUCGUCGAUAUUGAAUUCGGAAGGCGAACCCAUCUGGAAGGCUUUGGUGUUCGACAAUCUGGGUCGAGAUGUCAUCAGCAGUGUCUUACGGGUCAGCGACUUGCGUGCAAGCGGCGUUACCAUUCAUCUGAACAUAAAUUCUCCUCGACACCCUAUUCCCGAUGUCCCGGUCGUGUAUCUGCUCGAACCAACAGUGGAUAACAUACAGCUCAUUACCUCUGAUCUCUCCCGCGGCCUCUAUUCUCGAGCCUACGUUAAUUUCCUAUCCUCAAUACCGCGACCUCUACUAGAAGAUUUCGCUGCCCAGACAGCUGCGGCAGGAACUGCGGAUAGUAUAGCACAGGUUUUUGACCAGUAUCUUAAUUUCAUCGUUAGCGAGCCGAACUUAUUCAGCUUGGGCAUGGGCAAGGAGACAUAUUGGGCUCUCAACACUGCGCAGACCAAAGAUGAAGAGCUUGAUGUGGUCAUAGACCGCAUCGUCAGUGGUCUUUUUAGUGUGGUCGUGACAAUGGGAACCAUCCCCAUUAUCCGUUGCCCAAAAGGAGGCCCAGCGGAAAUGGUCUCUGGGAGAUUGGACCGCAAGCUCCGUGACCACAUUCUCAACUCCAAGGACAAUCUAUUCUCAAACACAGGCCCGCGCCCUGCUCCGGCUAGCAGUGCCAUUUCAUCUCGCCCCGUCCUUGUCAUUCUCGACCGCAGUAUCGAUCUCAUUCCUAUGUUGUCGCAUUCAUGGACCUACCAAUCUCUAAUUCACGAUGUUCUUAAAAUGCAUCUUAAUCGGAUAACGGUGGAAACACUUAUUGACGAAGAUAAUCCCUCCAAGGGUACAACAAAGCGCUCGUAUGACCUCAAUACCAACGAUUUCUUCUGGGCGAAGAAUGCUGGCAUGCCGUUUCCUCAGGUUGCCGAAGAGAUUGACACAGAACUCACGCGCUACAAGGACGACGCAAACGAGAUUACGAAAAAGACUGGUGCUUCAUCACUUGAGGACUUACAAAAUGAUGCAGGAGCUUCCGCACAGCAUCUCAAGGCUGCCAUUACACUGUUGCCUGAAUUAAGGGAGCGGAAGGCGGUUUUGGACAUGCAUAUGAACAUCGCCACGGCACUCUUGAAAGGAAUCAAGGAUCGACAGCUAGACAACUACUAUCAGAUUGAGGAGAACGUCACGAAGCAAACAAAGGCCCAGAUACUUGACAUUAUCAAUGAUGAAGCCAAGGGCAAAGAACCUCUUGACAAGCUGAGACUGUUCAUCAUUUGGUUCCUCAGUACCGAACAAGAGCUGACUCGGGCGGACAUGGAACGCUUCGAAGACGCCUUGCAAAAGGCGAAUGUUGACACUGCAGCUCUCACAUACGUCAAGAACGUUCGCGAAAUCACCCGUAUGACAAUGAUGGCAUCUGCACCCUCACAGCCAGCCCAACAAUCAGCGGGCGGCGAGCUCUUCCGAGGCUUUAGCUCCAUCAGCAAUCGUCUCACCGACCGUCUCAAGGAUGGAGCGCUAGGCGCUAACUUUGAGAAUCUCAUCUCCGGCGUCAAAAACUUUUUGCCCGCCAACAAGGAUCUUACGAUUACCAAGAUUGUCGAAUCAGUAAUGGAUCCUGCUUCUGCCUCCUCGUCUGCCAUUGCCAAGACUGAGAACUACCUCUACUUUGACCCUCGUUCGGCAAAUGCUCGAGGCACCAUGCCUCCACUGUCCCAAGUACGUGGGCAACAGUCUGGCAUGCCAGGUGGACUCAGCAGCGCCGGCCCCGGCACGGGCGCCAGUUUCGGCCAGCGCCGCCAAGGAUUCAACGAAGCAAUUGUUUUCACCGUCGGUGGCGGCAGCAUGGAAGAAUAUGGAAAUCUUCAAGACUGGGCCAAACGCACUGGCGGCUCGAGCGGUGGUGGUGGUGCUGCCGGCAGCGCCUCCAAGCGAAAGGUUGUGUAUGGUAGUACAGAACUGGUCAAUGCUGAGGACUUUGUUACAGGGGAGCUGGCAAGACUGGGUCGGGAGAGUUGAUAGCCUUUAAUACCAGGGCAUUUUGUUAAUACUUUGCCCAUUCUGGUUUUUUCCUGACCGAUAUCUAGUCUCAAAAUAUUUAAUGUAUCAAACGCCGACUUCUGUCAAUCAUGCUUUUUUCUUCCUUUUCUUCUUUUUCAAAUAUUUUGUUCAAAUGUGCUGCAUUAAUGCAUGUCAGCUGUAAGCUGUCGAGGCGUUGUAUUUAUUGGCCUGG